GUCGUCAAUUUUCCAAGUGCCUUUGGGCUCAAGUUUUCCAUCAAAUCAUUUAAUCAUUAUACACAAUGUAAUUCACCCCUCGAGUGACACUAGAAUAGCAUAGGCGCAUAGCUCUAAUCUCCAAUCAUCUCACGUAAAAUAUAGGAAAAUAAAAAAAGUAAAUAAGUAUAUAGAACAAAUAUAUAAAAAAAAGAGGAUAAAAAAUAAAUUACGUAUUUGUGGAGCUUGCGCGUGAGAAACAUUCACGGUGCUUUUGCAGAUUUUAACAAAAAUAAUUUCAGUCAUUCGUUGAUAAUCAAAUGGUACACUUGUUGUCUAUCUCAAAUAAAAUAAAAUAUUAAACGAGUGCCUUUUAUUCUGUAAAAAUAAAUAAUUAAAAAAAAAAAUGAAGGCAAUAAGAAAAUCUCGAGAUAAAAGUAGUACAGUCGUGGCAACAGUUGUGGCUGGUUCGACUCUUGCAGAGGAGGAGCUUGAUGAUGUUGGAAACGUAUUACCAAGUUCUGCAGCUACAAGUAUUGCCCUAGGUGGUCGUCAUAGACCUGAAGAACUAACAACACUUGCUGCAACAACACGAUUUACCAGAAAAGAAAUACAACUUAUUUAUCGUGGAUUUAAACAAGAAUGUCCAACUGGUCUUGUUGAUGAAGAAGCAUUCAAGCAGAUAUUUUCACAAUUUUUUCCACAAGGUGAUGCUAGUCACUACGCCCACUAUGUCUUCAACACGAUGAAAAGAAAACCAUCUGGAAAAAUAAGUUUUGAGGAAUUUUUAACAAUAUUAUCAAAGGUAUCACGUGGAUCAGUUGAAGAAAAAUUACAAUGGAUAUUUGGACUUUAUGAUCUUGAUGGUGAUGGAUUAAUAAGUAAAACAGAAAUGAUGGAUGUUGUUGGAUCAAUUUAUGAAAUGUUGGGUAGAUAUACACAACCACAAAUAUCUGAACCUCAUGUUGCUGCUAAAGAACAUGUUGAACGUAUAUUUCAUUUGAUGGAUUCAAACAAGGAUGGUGUUGUUACAAUUGAAGAACUUGUUCAAUGGUGUUCAAAAGAUGAACAACUUUUACGUAGUCUUGAUACACUUGAUACUGUCUUAUGAAAAUACACAUAUAUAAUUCAAUAAUUCAAUUAAUUUUCACUUGAAAACACUUGUUAAUAAAUUCUACUCUUUUUUUUAUUUUUAUUUUUUUAUCUUGCCAAUCUGGUGAUUAUAUUAUCUUAAAUAUUAUAAAAUUGUUAAUUUAAUUUUUUUCUUCUUCAAUUUUAUCUAACUAAGUAUAUUUUUUUAUAAACAGUAAAUAGAAAAAUUAUAUUUUUGUUUUUAAAUGCACCAAAUUAAUAUUAUAUAUUAACUUAAUACAAGCAAUUAGUUUUUUCAGAAAAUUUGAGUCUUCCCCUAGCUAAUAUUGAUAUUAAUAUAAUAAUAAUUAAUAACAAAUUUGAGUUGAAAAUGAUAGCUUGAUUGAUUAUGAUAAAAUUGUAAAUGAGUAUUGUGAAUUUAUUGGAUUCAACUCAAAACGUGAUUCUUCUGUACCUUAAUAUUGUUAAAGUUCUUAUAUUUAAAAAAAAUAUUCUCCUAUUAUAAAUAUUUAAUCAAAAGAUAAAGAAAUAAAAAUUGUAAAACAUAUGUUUAUAUGAAAAUUUAAAAUCUUUUUAAUAGACACUCAUGUAUGGGUUAAAUAAUUGACUUUUAUUAUUUUAUUUAUUAUUAUGAUCAUUAUGACAUAAUAUAUCUCUAUAUAUUUCAAUAUAUUUCGAUAUGACCUACCUUGAUUUACUCACACUUAUUUAAUUUUUAUUUAACAAAAAAAAAAUAAAAAUAAAAAAUGCUUACUAUAUUAAUUAUAAAUUUGAUCACAAAAAUUUCAUUGUUAAAAUUAAAUUGCAUAUUAAAAAAAAAUACGAUGGAAAUUUUUGGUUUUUCAAGAUUAUAAUUUUUUUAAUUUAUUUAUGUGUAUUACCUUACACUUAAAAAUAAUAAACGUAUCAAACAUUUAUUCACGAGAAA